AUGAUGAGGUAUCACAAACUGAGCCCCUUUAUUGCAGAAGAGGCCCGGUCAAUCCCACUCUUGGCCACACUGCAGCCCCCACCUGUGGUGCCAGCCAGCGGGGGAUCUGGCAGCUCCAGUGACUCUGAGAGCAGCUCCGAGUCAGACUCAGACACCGAAAGCAGCACCACUGACAGCGAAUCCAAUGAGGCGCCUCGGGCGGCCACUCCAGAGCCUGAGCCGCCCUCAACCAACAAGUGGCAGUUGGAUAAAUGGCUUAACAAAGUGACAUCCCAGAACAAGUCGUUUAUUUGUGGCCAAAAUGAAACACCCAUGGAGACUGUUUCUGUGCCUCCUCCAAUCAUCCAGCCAAUGGAAGUCCAGGUCAAAGUGAAGACAACCCCCAGCCAGGUCCUGGCUGAACCCAAAGAGAGGCCUCUCCUCAGUCUUAUCAGGGAGAAAGCCCGUCCACGGCCGACCCAGAAAACUCCAGAAACAAAGGCUUUGAAGCAUAAGUUGUCAACAACUAUUGAGACAGUGUCUCAAAGGACAAUUGGAAAAAAACAGCCCAAAAAAGUCGAGAAGAACACCAGCAUUGACGAGUUUACCUGGCCCAAACCAAAUAUUACCAGCAGCACCCCCAAAGAAAAAGAAAGCAUGGAGCUUCCUGACCCGCCAAGAGGCCGCAACAAAGCCACUGCCCACAAACCAGUCCCUAGGAAGGAACCGAGGCCAAACGUUCCCUUGGCUGCCGAGAAAAAGAAGUACAGAGGGCCUGGUAAGAUCGUGCCAAAGUCCCGGGAAUUCAUCGAGACGGAUUCGUCCACGUCCGAUUCCAACACAGAUCAGGAAGAGACCCUGCAGAUCAAAGUGCUGCCUCCGUGCAUCGCUCCAGGGGGCAAUACUGCCAAGUCCAAGGACGCCUGUGGUGCCAGCCUGACCCUCAGCUCCUUGGUCAGCAGCAGCAACAGCAGCCUAACCACCAGUGGCGAGGAGCCAGCAUUUUCACCCAUCCCUGUCACGCCAACCGAGCUGCUGUCCCCUCUACGAGACCACGAGAACCUCAAAAAUCUCUGGGUGAAGAUUGACCUUGACCUGCUGUCUAGAGUGCCUGGCCACCACUCAGUGCAAGCAGCGCCAGCCAAGCCGGACCACAAGGAGGCUGCGUCCAAGCCCAAGCGCCAGACCACUGCUGCGGCCGCCGAGAAACCCGUCCCUAAGGGCAAGCGUAAGCACAAGCCAACAGAGAUCGCAGAGAAAAUCCCUGAGAAGAAGCAACGCCUGGAGGAGGCCACCACUAUUUGCCUGCUGCCCCCCUGCAUCUCACCAGCCCCACCCCACAAGCCUCCCCACGCUAGAGAGUGA